AUGCCUCGCCCAGGUGUCGGGGUCUUCGGCAGACAUGCCGUGCCCACCCUGGAGAUCAAGCCGGAGUCGCCUUUUGUCGUUUUCUAUGGAGAGUCGUCUGAGUCGCAUGAGACGGAGCUGAGGGGCAAGUUGAUUCUGAACAACCCAGAGUCCAUGUCAGUGAGGAGCUUGCGGAUAACACUCACGGGCACACGCAAAGUCUCAUGGCACUUGACCAACACCGUCAGCCCGCAGCCGAUUACGCAAAAGACCAACUUCCUCGUCGAAGAACUCCACCUCUUUCCCGUCGACGUCGGCAGCAAGACCAAAGCGCACAAGCUCAAUGCCGGAUACCAUGAGUGGGAUUUCAAGUUUAAGAUGCCGCCGAACCUCGACCAGAGCGUCGAGGGGCUGCCGACCAACUGGGUGGUUUAUAGUCUCAAGGCCCACGUGGAUAGAGGGUACAUGAGCAAGCAGCUCAGUGCUACGGCGCACAUCCGCGUCAUUCGCACGCUCGGACGCGACAUGCUCGAAUCCAUGCCCAUGGAGCAGAUCAACGAGGAUAUCUGGGCGAACAAGCUGGCCUACAAGAUUACGGUCCCGCAGAAGAACUACAUUGUCGGAACGUCGAUAUCGGCCGAUUUCGUGCUGAUUCCUCUGCGCAAGGGUGUGGAGAUUUCGACAAUCAAGAUGGAGCUGAUAGAAUCGCGGCAAUUGUUCGCUGACUAUGCUGGCCGCCGGAUAAGUCACAACAACGACAUGCAGGUUGCGGUCACAGAAGGCGACAUGCCCGAGGACUCUGCGCGCAGGGUCCCCGAUGGAACAGAAGACACGGACGCGCUAUUCGACGAGUCGCAUCGCUUUUCCAUGACGCUCGAUCUACCCAAGUCGCUCAAGAACUGCCGGCAAUCCGUGGACACGGAGAACAUACGACUAACGCACAAACUGCGCUUAUACGUCAACCUCAAGAACCCCGAAGGCCACACUUCACAACUGCUAGUAAAAAACCACGUCCACCUCUUCAUCUCACCAAACCUGCCCCCCAACGAAGACCAAAGCGUAGUAGUAGACCAAAACAUCCUAAACGCCCAAGCCAUCCAAGACGAAGUCAACCAAAACGCGCCUCCGACAUAUGGGCUCCACCAACUCGACUCUCUCUACAACGACAUCGACCCCUCAGGCUUCAUGACGCCGGGCGGCGUCCACAGCAUGAUGAACAGCGGGGCCAACACGCCCUUCUACGCGCAAUCGCGGCGCGGCUCAGCCGAAGACCUCACGUCGCUCGACGCAGCCGUCCACCAACCCGGUGGCGGCGCCUCCGCAGCUGCCCUCCAACACCGCCUCGCAAACCUCAGCAUGCACCACUCCGACCGCCCCACCCGCUUCCAACCCUCCCGCCAACAUUCCUCCGGCGAAAGCACACCCGCCCACGGCACCAACAACACCAACACCAACACCACCGAACAAGCGUACUUCGACCUCCCCCCUUCAAACUACGACAUGGACGCCCUCGCCCGCACGCCCAGCUACAACACCGCUGUGCGCACGCCCGCUGGUUCGCGUACCCCUGGCGGCAUGGAUAUGGAUUUACCCAGCUAUGAGAUUGCGAUGAGUAGACCCAGUUCGCCAAGCAGGAGUCGCGGUAGUAGGGGUACGACGCCCAGUCCUACAAGGAGUCUGGAUACGUUGAAUGAGGAGACGUAUCGGAAUACGCAGAUGAAUAGUCGGAGGCAGAGUCCACGGACGGCGAGUCCGAGUAGUGAGGGGAGGUAG